UUCCAUGUAACUCUGUUUGCAUAAAAAAGAAAAACCCUAAAUUCUUUUUUUUUUCUUUUUCAAUUUCCUCUCCAGAAAUCAUCUUCUUUCUUUUGAAAUUCUUCAUUCAUAAUCAACCAUUUACAUAUGAGAUUGGUUAACACAAAAUUAAGAAUCCAUAGGAAUAUUUUCAUUAAUAAACCUGUAAUAUCCCAAAUUUUCGGGAAUUUUAUCAUUUAAGUUAGGGACUUAGUUUGGGAAAAAUAUUGUUUGGGGCCUAAUAGCCAAAACUUUGAAACUUGAGGGACUUCAAAGAGGAAAGAUUUUGGAUAAGGAUCCACUAUUUUGUUUCCUUCUUUCUUCUUCCUCACCUGCGUGCCUGCUCUUCUUUUUCCUCCCUUGCACCGAGCAACAAGACCCAGGCCCCCGACACACCUCCCCUCUGAAAACCGGAAUUUCCGGAUCUACUCUGCUCUGUCCGUCCGUCUGCUGCUCUUGCCGGUUUGUGGGUGCGAAUUUCUCUGAUUUUUGGGUAAGAAACAGCCACUAAUUCCUUUGCUCUUCCUUGAAUUGGUUUGGGUUAACUUUGAUUUCUCUUGGUUUCUCCAAUUUUUGGGUAGAUCCCCCUAAAUUUUCUGCACUUCCUGCCGGCUCCUCCCCAAACUGCAACUUCGGUUUUGCUUGCUAAAUUCUGGUAAGUGGCAGCUCCAUUUAAGUCCCAAAUUACCCAUUAGUUGUUGGAAAUUUGUCUGUUAAAUUGUUGCCCUAUGCUGUCCGAAAAUCUGUUGAAAAAUGGGAAUGAAUUUCGGUAGUAAUUAGAGCAUAAUUAAGCUUAAUUCAUGUGUAAAUUGCUUGAGUUGGCUGUUGUGAUUUUGGAGAAAAAUCUUGUGAAUUAGCCAUUGUUUUGCCAAUUUAUGGAAGUGCAGUUACUGUUCAUAACGUGAUCACUGUUUAUGAGAAAUUUGCAAGGUUGUGCUAAAAAUUCUAGCAAAGUCUGAAUGUAUUUAUUUGGAAUAUUAGGUGCUGUUAUGGCUGUAAUAUCCCAAAUUUUCGGGAAUUCUAGCAUUUAAGUUAAGGACCAUUGUAUGAGAAAAUGUUAAUGUGGGGCUUAUUAGCUAAAAUGUCCAAAGUUAAGGGACUUAAAGAGGGAAAAUAAUUUGGAUAAGGAUGGCUUCUUUUCUUUUCUCUUUUUUCUUCUUUCUUUUCUUCCCAGCCUUGCCCGAUUCUGCUCUUCUUCUUCUUUCUUUCCGCUGCAGCCGAACAAAAGAAGCCCAGCCGCCGGUGACAUUUUCUUGAGGAAAACCGGUGAGAAAGCUUGGAUUUCUCCUCCUUUUCUUGUUCUUGAACCCAAUAAUCUCCCUUCCCUGCUGGAAAAUCCGGAUCUGCUUUGUUCUUCCUUCCUCACCGCCGGCUGCUCCUGCUUUGUGGGGGCGAAUUGCUUUGAUUUUCUGCUCGUGAGCUUACUCCCCAAAUUGCCGCCGGCUUUUCCCCAACCUGCAGUCCGGUUUUUGGCUGGAAAUUAUGGUUCCCAAUCGUUCUGUCAGUUAGCACUGUGAUUGAAUUUUCGGUUUUAUGCGAGUGAGGAAGUGAAACCGAGGACGGGAAACCACAGGAAGUGACGAGUUAGAAGGCUAGCCAUUUCAAGUUUGAUAUAGAUUGUCGAUAGAAAUCAUGAUCUUGUAAACUGGAGUGUAUUUGGAGAUUUUACGAUAUCAGAGUAAAUUUUAAAGAUUUGACCUUCAGAUUUGGUGGUAUUAGAUAUGAAUUUGAUUAAGUUCCGAGCCUUGUGCAUUUGUGGGACCCGUCUCACGAGUGCACAGCAUCUGCCACGUCUCCGGAUUUGGGUUCUGGGGCGUGACAGAUUUAGUGAGAUUUUUGUUAUUGAUCCUGUUGAUCUCUACAACAUAGCUGGUUGAGAAAUUUGCUCUGUUUGUCAUGACUAGUGGAAGAUGGGCAACCCUCUACUUUGUAAAAGAUUCAAGGCUAUUUUAGCAAUUGUUGUGUGUUUUCUAGAUGCGUUUUAGGAGCUGGAUGAGUUGGUAAUUCCGUUGCUCCUUAUCUUUCUGAAAGUCUUAUAGUGGAAUCUCACUUUUUCCACUUGGAACUUCAUGGUCUGUUCAUGUGGCUCAUUUUUUUUUAUAUUGGUUAAUCAAAAACAGUGAUCAUUCAAUUGAAAUUGCCAUAUUUUUGUGAAGAUUGGCAAGUUGUCGUAAAGUUAAACUCUCUAUCGUUGCUAAUCUCUACAUUCUUAAUACUUGGAAAUUGCUUGAAACUCUUGAAAUCCGUCUUGAAUCUUUCUUGAUAUUGCUUUGUACUUGUUCGUGAAACUGAAAUCCAGAAAUGGAUAAUGAUUAUUGAAAUCCUCAUUAUCUUGAUUUUUGCCUAAAAUUAAUUCUUGCACUGUUCUUGGAAUCUAUUUUGAAUUGUUCUUGAAAACCAUUCUUGUCCUGAUUCUUGCUCUUGUUCAAAUUCUGUAUAUUGUUCUUGCUCAAAUCCUGCAUAUUCUGCUAGUUCUUGUUUUUGUAUACCGGUUGAUCUUCUGGAUUCCUGAUUUUUGUUCAUAUGGACACCUCUUUAGGAGGGGUGAUGAUUAUUAGAAAAUACCUAUAUGAGGCAUCUUCAUUCUUGUUUCUUGCAAGUGUUAGUCUUUGUAUUCUUGAUGUCCUAGCUUUGACUUGACUCUAGGAUGUCUAGAAUGACUUGAUUGUAAAUCUGCUUAACCUUCAUGAGCUACGAGGUGAAGGGGUAGUCUUUGAAGUACUUGAUACCCUAGAGUUGUGUUCCAAGAGAAAUGGUUCUUUUAUCUGGCUGCUUUGAUUUUGUUUGUCCUUUUAAUUAGAAGACAAUAAGUGUCCUAAUCCCCA